AUGAAUAGGUAUUAUGAAAAUAACGAGAAUAAUAAUAAAAAUGAUCCAUCAGACCGAUCACGCAAUCUAUUACCAUCUUUGACCUCCACAUCAAAUGUUGAUCUUAUUCGUAUUGAUAUCGAAAGUAUAACAUUCCUUCCACAAAAAACACAACUAUUCUCUGGAACCAACGCAGAUGAAUCAUUAUUUACAGAAAUAACCACAAGAGUCAAAUGCAAAAAUUUAGAAUUAUGUGUUAAACUUGGAGAAGAAGGAAUUUUUAUAAUUUUAGAUCGAUACUUAGAAGAUCAUGAUACAUCAGUGGAAGAACUUAUAUGUGUACUCGAUAAUGAUGAAAUUGAAGAAAAAGAACAAGUUAAAGAAGUCAUUUUUAUAGAAAUUAAUCAAGUGGUUGGGUUCAAAAUAGAAAAUCGUAAUAUUUAUUUUGAGUUUGAUAAAGGAAUUAUAAGAGAG